GGCACUACAUUAAAGAAAAAGAAUAAAGAGCUUACCAGCAGGUUAAGUUUUGAGAUCCGGAUAUCAGCUACGGCAAGAGUAAAGUUUUUAGAAGAUAGUCUCUCGCUGAAAGAAAGAUAA